AUGUGUGGAAUUAUUGCGCUGAUCCAGGCGAACCCCUCAUCUUCGGCUGCCGUGGACCUCCACGAGGCACUCUACCUUCUCCAACAUCGUGGUCAGGAUGCAGCCGGUAUCGCAACAUGUGCGUCUGGGGGUCGAUUCUACCAGAUGAAGGCCAACGGUAUGGCUGCCAAGGUCUUCCAGGAUGGUGCUAAGGUCACCAACCUCCCUGGAUUCAUGGGAAUUGGUCACCUGCGAUACCCGACCGCGGGAUCCAGUGCCAAUGCCGAAGCUCAGCCGUUCUACGUGAACAGCCCUUACGGUAUCUGCUUUGCGCACAACGGUAACCUGAUCAACGCUGGAGAGCUUCGGAAGCACUUGGAUCUCGAGGCUCACCGUCACAUCAACACCGACAGUGACAGUGAGCUCAUGCUCAACGUCUUUGCUGAUGAACUGAGUGAGACCAAGAAGGCCCGUGUCAACCACGAGGACCUCUUCGCCAGUUUGACCCGCAUGUACCAACGCUGCGAGGGUGGCUGGGCUUGUACUGCUAUGCUUGCUGGGUUUGGUAUCCUGGGUUUCCGUGACUCAUACGGUAUCCGACCCCUCAUCCUGGGGUCCCGCCAAUCCCUUGAUGGGCCCGGCAUGGACUACAUGAUGUCUUCCGAGUCUGUGGCUCUGGACCAGCUUGGUUUCACCAACCAGCGUGACAUCCAGCCCGGUGAGGCCGUCAUCAUCGCCAAGGGUGGUGAGCCGGUCUUCCGCCAGGUGGCACCCAAGAAAAACUACGCCCCUGACAUCUUUGAGUACGUCUACUUCGCUCGCCCUGACUCCGUCAUCGAUGGAAUCAGUGUGUACCGUAGCCGUCAACGUAUGGGUGAACGCCUUGGUGCCCGUGUCCUAGAUGUCCUUGGCCCCGAGGUUGUUAAAGACAUUGAUGUGGUCAUUCCCAUUCCUGAGACUGCCACCACAUCUGCUACCAACGUUGCACAGUACUUGAACAAGCCCUACUGCCACGGUUUCGUCAAGAACCGUUACGUCUUCCGCACAUUCAUCAUGCCGGAACAAAAGACGCGACAGAAGGGUGUCCGUCGUAAGCUCAAUGCCAUGAAGGCUGAGUUCAAGGACCGCAACGUCCUCCUGGUUGAUGACAGUAUCGUCCGUGGUACCACCAGUCGUGAGAUCGUCAGCAUGGCUCGGGAAGCUGGUGCCAAGAAGGUCUACCUCGCCAGUUGUGCCCCUGAGAUCACUCACGCCCACAUCUACGGUAUCGACCUUGCUUCUCCCCAGGAGCUUGUUGCCCACAACCGAGAUGCACAGGCCAUCGCCAAGCACAUCGGCGCAGAGGCCGUUGUCUUCCAAACCCUCGACGACCUCAAGGAUUCCUGUGCGGAAGUUGCCCGUGAGAACGGUCAACAAGAACCCAAGGACUUUGAGGUUGGUGUCUUCUGCGGUAGCUACGUUACCCCCGUCUCCGAUGGCUACUUCGAGCACCUCGAGGCCGUUCGUGGCGAGGGCCGCAAGGUCAAGGCGCUCGACAAGGCCAAGGAGGCUGUUUCACAUGGAUUUGCCAACAUGACCGAUUUCCAGAUCGCUGCCAACGGAGUGUCCAUGGACACCAAUGGCAAAAUCAUUCCAGCCAACGGAACCAACUCGGUUGCGGCGGCGGCAGCUAAGCGUGCUGGCAACACCGAAGACCACCCCAACCCCAAGGUCGAUGACCGCAUGGACAUCAGCAUCCACAACAUGGCCGACCAUCAUGAUUCAUGA